AUGAUUAUGGCAAAUUGCGAGUUUAUUGAGUAUUCUUAUCAGCCCCUACUCCUUGAUCGUGUGUUAUAUCCGAAAAUUAAAUUGAUUAUCGAUUAUUUUGUGAGUACAUUUCUGCAACAGGAGACAAUAGACUAUAACACUGUGAAGGAAAUUCCAUUUGACAUCUUUUGCGUAUUUUAUUCUGUGAUUCGCGCAAGAGGAGUCAAGUGGGCAGUUGCAUAUUUCCCCAACGACUUCGAGCUGAUCGUUCCAUUAACAAAGGUGCUCAAAUAUCGCAAUGAAAUGAAUGCCCAUUGGAAAGAGCAAUAUGUUUUGUUCUUCUGGAUUUGGUACCUUCUCCUGUGUCCCUUCGACUUAUCCUCUGUCCAGGAGUCGGGUACGGACAUUGCUCAGGAGAUCUACCACCUGGCGAUCGCCUCCUUUCGACUCAACAACAAUGUGGGGAAGAUGGCUUCCGAGGUUUUGGUUCGCAUCAUAACGAGAAAAGACACAGCCGCUCACUUUUUCGCGAGCACGCUUUCCUACACAAUAGGCCUCCAAAUGUUCACCGAGGAUCCAGUGCUUUGGUUCAUCGGAACAUUGUUCAAACGAGGCUACAAAGAAGCGUUUGCGAAGUACUGGGAAAGCGAUCUAAUGGAGAUCAUCGGGCAAGUGUGGGACAUCCGACGACAAAUGGAAUCGGAAAUCAUUCCAUACAGCAUGACAAAGGAACUGCUGAUGAUGCGUGUGCUGACCGCAGAAUGCGCGCUGGAGAUGCGAAUGCACUAUGAAGGCAAGAAUGCCGUGCUUUUUAAAAAGAACUAUCUGUUUGGAAUCAAGGAACCGAACGCUGAGCAAGAGAAUUCUGAAAGCGGAACGGAAGAAGACUCGUUCAUGACGAAUGCAAUGUACUACUUGGAUUAUUUAUACGACAAUCUCUCCAAUAAUGCUCUCCGAAUCCGAGUGAAAUCAGCCAAAUACCUCGCUGAACUCAUUCGCCAUACCUCGCUCAGUUAUCGAAGGGUUGCCGCGUUCGAGCUGAUUAAUCGAAUCCCUGACAGCUACCCAGAAGUCGUCCACGGCUGCUGCUACGCGCUCGCUUCUCUCUGUUCCACUCACUCCCUUCCCGACGACAUCAUUCUGAAUAUCAUGCAAGUCACGCUUCCCAUUCUAUUCGAUGUGAAUACCAUGUACGAUUAUUUCAAAUCGGUCGUGGCCGAUGGUGUUUGUUAUCUCUUCUGGGCAUGUGUUCGAGAAUACACCGCCGUUCUCGCUCAAAUAGCCGACGAUGUGCUCGCGACGCUUGUCAUCACCAGUCUCACAAACGAAGACUUGAAUAUCCGCAGAGCAUCCGCUGCGGUGAUGCAGGAGUUCGUGGGACGAUUAGGAAACGAGAACGUCGAUCAUGGCUUGGAUCUCAUGAAUCUGAUUUCAUUCCAUUCGCUCAGUCUCUAUUACACCACAAUGACGGUCAUUCUACCGAAGGUCGCAGCGGUCUCGAAGUAUCGACCGAACAUUGUGGAUCGAUUGAAACUCAUCAUGCAAUCGGAAUCCAAGGGGGAUGCAAAAGAACUCGCAGGGAAAGCGCUGUUUUUUGUUUGUCCCGAGAUAAACCAGGAGGAGAAGAUUGAUAUGAAUCGCACGGAAAUCGCUGCGAAUACCGUUAUUUGGAAUGCUUACUUGAUUUUAGGAUAUGCCGCGAAGUUCCAAUCGUUGGAUCCACAAUUCCUAAAGGAAUCAAUCAGGAUUCUUUCUCUCAUUUCACAAAAAGCAAACUCUUCAACUCCUUUCACAUCUUCUAAGAACGAUACUAAUUUAUCCUUCCUCCUAUUGAAGGCGAUCGUUCUCUACGAUCGUAUUAUGAACGAAAACGUGAUUUCUGCAGAAGAAGUCCUGGCUUCAUUCAAAGCAUUAUUCCCUCUUUCUUACUUGAAAUCGACUUUCUUUUCCAAAAAUAACGAUUUUGGAAUGGACCAGCAGUGUUUGUGGGUUACGAGCGAAUGGUUAUUCGCUCAUCAGUGCAAUGAAGGAGUCGACUAUUGCCGAGAUCUCGCGAAGGCUGCGUUAGAAGCCAACACAGGACAUUCGAUGCGUUUAUUCGGAUCGAUCUGGUGGGAAAUCACUCUCCAUUUCCUUCCCUCCGCUAUCGACGGAAUGAAACUCAAAGCAGACCCCGAAGCCCACAAAGCGCGGGCUCUUGCGAUUGGUCGACUCUUACGAAUCUGCCCACACGCUCCAAAUUGGUCGCAGAUGGUGCAGAACUGGGCAAAACUCGGCUGUGCCGACUAUACCCGCGAAAUCCGAGGCGAUGUAGGAUCCUGGACUCGCUCGGCGACACUUUCCUGCAUGAACGAUCUUCUGCGUCCAUUCCGAGUCGAUUUUUCAUCGCGGGAAUGGACAGGAUACGCGAAUGUGGGAAAGGCCUGCGAAGACGAGCCGGUGAACUGUUUUUUCCCGCUCUCUGUGGGAAGCUGUUUGUUCCCAGAUAGCAAAUGCUGGGGAUUGAAGGAAGAGAAAGGAAAGGCGAGUUUGGAUAGCGAAAUAAUCGAUUGUUUUGUGAGAUUGGCGUUGAAGCAGAUCAUGGAGCAACACACCAGAAUCCGCCAGUUGGCCGCCGAUCUGUUAUUUGGGUUGGAUCGUAGCACGUCGUUGAUUCAGAUGGUCGCUGGAUUGGUUCCGGCCGAGCAUCAAAACUCAUCAUCGGCUUCCAUGCCGGAAUUGACGAAAUGUUUGGUCGGUGCGAUCAAACUCUCCGCAUUGCGACCGACUCUUCUGCGAGGAUUGAUCUAUACAGUGGGCGGAAACUCGCCGAGAGAAACGAAAUCGAUGUCGAAAGAGCUGAUUGAGGUGAUCAGCGAUGAAUCCACGGCGAAGGCCGUGUUUCCAGAGCUUGUAGUCAUUCUCAAAGAAGAAGCCUCUGCCCAUCGAAAUGGGUUUUACCCGGCGCUCCGAACGCUGAUUCUGUGCUGCGAGUCGGUUGACUUGGCGACGGUUUUGGAUCCCAAAUUGCAGGGCGAGUUGUAUCAGUUGAUUCCGAAACUGGCCAUUUGGCAAACCAAGAACCAAAACACGGCGGUUGUGAAGUCGCUGCUCGAUCUUUAUGCAUUGAUGCUGCCUCUCUGGACCCCUGAGAGAAACGUUCUCGCUCCAGCACUUCCGUUUUUAGAAUAUCCGAACGCAAUGAUUCGGAACGAAGCGGCGCAAGUGCUGUACAUGCAUUGUGCCAUGAAUGGAAUCGAGCCAGAAGCGCAGACGAUUCUGGAAAGCGGAUCGUUUGGCUCUGCGAACUUCAAAGAGUCGGUGGCCGCUCUACGAUCCUUGUGUUCAUUUUCGUGUUCUGUUUGUGUAACAAACAAUCCCGUUAGGAGCGUGGCUUCUUCACCUGCACCGAAAUCUUCUUGCCUCGAAUCACCUUUCCGUUCAUCGCGCUGA